CCACCUCACGCCGCCGGGAGCUGGGAGCAGCACUCCCAUUCCGACCGAAGCCUCAGCCCGUCCCGGCCAAGGCCUUGUGUUUCCACAGAAACACGAGCAGGAAGACAAGAAGAAGAGGAGACAGCCAGAGGCCUGCCAGAUGAUCGAUCGAUAACGGGAGCCAUGUCCUACUACUUUGCCAUCAUCGGCACCCAAGACAACCCGCUCUUCGAGCACGAGUUCGGCACGUCCAAGCAAGGCGGCGAUGGGCAGUCGCGCUUCUCGGACCAGGCCCGCCACCUGAACCAGUUCAUCCUGCACAGCGCGCUGGACGUCGUCGAGGAGGUGCAGUGGAACAAUGGGCAACUAUACCUCAAGGUGAUCGACAAGUUCUUCAACAACUACAUCUCGUGCUUCGUGACCGGCGCCAACGUCAAGUUCCUGCUGCUGCACCAGCCCUUCGGCGGCUCCUCCUCGUCCGGCUCGCGCUCGUCCACCUCCAUCGCCGCGAACCCCACCAGCGCCGCCACCGAGGAGGCCAUCAAGAGCUUCUUCUUCGAGGUCUACGAGAACUGGGUCAAGGCCGUCAUGAACCCCUUCUACAAGGUCAACAUGGAAGUCAAGAGUCCCAUCUUUAGGCAGCGGGUCUUUGCCGCAGGGAGGAAGUACUUGUAGUGGCUUGGGCUUGGUCAGAUAAGUGCCAGCUGGCGUUUGCGAGGUGGGCAGGACUUCAUACAAGGCGCAGGGUACUGGGAAAGGUCACGAACAUUGAUAGAGCGAGGACGAGGUCGGAAGGCCUGUGAGCAGCCCGCCAGCAGACACACCCAUUUACGUUGUGGACGCGGUGGAUGAAGGAACACCUGUCUGCCUGAUGUAGUUGGCCGUUGAGCCCGCAGUCAUCGAGUCACGCAUCACAUAAUCACAACAAGAAACAAGCAUUUCGAUAUGUUCAUCAAGUGUA